ACUGACGGCGACGCCGGUCCCAAUGCCAACGUCCUCUACCGUCUCCUCAAUGCUGGUGGCACCAAUGAGGUCUUUGAGAUCGAUCCCCGCUCGGGCGUCAUCCGCACCCGUGGCCCCGUGGACCGGGAGGCGGUAGAGGCCUUCGAGCUAUUGGUGGAGGCCACGGAUCAGGGCCAGGAGCCGGGACCCCGCAGCGCCCCGGCCCACCGUUACAUGGCGCAGGUCCCCGAGGACGUGGCGCCCAACUCGGCCGUGCUGCAGGUGACGGCCACCGACCGCGACAAGGGCAGCAACGCCCUGGUGCACUACAGCAUCGUGAGCGGUAACACCCGCGGCCACUUCUACAUCGACGCGCAGACGGGCGCGCUGGACGUGGUCAGCCCCUUGGACUACGAGGUGUUGGAUGUCAACGAUAACGCCCCCAUCUUCGUCAGCACACCCUUCCAGGCCACCGUGCUGGAGAACGUGCCGGUGGGUUACUCUGUCAUCCAUGUUCAAGCCAUUGACGCCGAUUCAGGUGACAACGGCCGGCUGGUCUACACCCUCCUGGAGACCGGCGCCGGCUUCCCCUUUGCCAUCAAUAACAGCACUGGGUGGAUUGUGGUGGCCUCCGAGCUGGACCGGGAGGCAGUGGACUUCUACAGCUUCGGGGUGGAGGCGCAGGACCAGGCCAGCGUCAGCGUCACCGUCCUGGACGUCAAUGACAACAGCCCCGAGUUCACGCAACGGGAGUACGGCGCCCGCCUGAACGAGGACGCAGCAGUGGGCACCAGCGUCCUCACUGUCUCUGCUGUCGACCGCGAUGCCAACAGCGUCAUCACCUACCAGAUCUCCAGCGGCAACACCCGCAACCGCUUCUCCAUCACCAGCCAGAGCGGCGGUGGGCUCAUCUCCCUCGCCUUGCCCCUGGACUACAAGCUGGAGCGGCAGUACCUCCUCACCAUCGCCGCCUCCGAUGGCACCCGCCAGGACACGGCCCAGGUGGUCAUCAACGUCACUGACGCCAACACCCACCGACCCGUCUUCCAGAGCUCCCACUACACUGUCAACAUUAACGAGGACCGGCCGGUGGGCACCACGGUGGUGGUUAUCAGUGCCACAGAUGAGGACACGGGGGAGAACGCCCGCAUCACCUACCUGAUGGAGGACAGCAUCCCCCAGUUCCGCAUCGCUGCCGAGACGGGGGCUGUCACCACCCAGAUGGAGCUGGACUACGAGGACCAGGUGUCCUACACCCUGGCGAUCACUGCGCGUGACAAUGGCAUCCCUCAGAAGUCUGACACCACCUACCUGGAGAUCCUGGUGAGCGACGUCAACGACAAUGCGCCCCAGUUCCUCCGCGACUCCUACCAGAGCUCCAUCUACGAGGACGUGCCCACCUUCACCAGCGUCCUCCAGGUCUCUGCCACCGACCGCGACUCGGGACUCAACGGCAGGGUCUUCUAUACCUUCCAAGGAGGUGACGAUGGCGACGGUGACUUCAUCAUCGAAUCUACCUCGGGCAUCGUCCGCACUUUGCGCCGCCUUGACCGGGAGAACGUGCCGCUCUACUCCCUGCGGGCAUUUGCUGUCGACAAGGGGGUCCCGGCCAAGCGGACGCCAGUGGAGAUCCAAGUGACGGUGCUGGACGUCAAUGACAACCCGCCCGUCUUCGAGCGGGACGAGUUCGACAUCUUCGUGGAGGAGAACAGCCCCAUUGGGCUGGUGGUGGCCCGGAUCACGGCCACCGACCCCGACGAGGGCACCAACGCCCAAAUCAUGUACCAGAUCGUGGAGGGCAACAUCCCUGAGGUCUUCCAGCUGGACAUCUUCUCCGGCGAGCUCACCGCCUUGGCCGACCUGGACUACGAGUCCAAGGCAGACCUCACCUACGCCUUCGAGCAGGGGAACGAGCUCAACCUGGUGCUGCUGGACCCCCAGAGCGGGGACCUGCGCCUCAGCCCCGCCCUGGACAACAACCGCCCGCUGGAGGCCGUCAUGAGGGUCUCCGUCUCAG